AUGGUGAGAGAUGGAGUUUAUUUCCUAUCUGAGGCCCUACAUGGACCACCAAAGAAACUCUUGGUAGAAGGUGCAAAUGCAGCACUAUUAGAUAUUGAUUUUGGGACUUACCCUUUUGUAACCUCUUCAAAUUGUACUGUUGGAGGUGUUUGUACUGGUUUGGAUAUGCCUCCUCAAAAGGUAGUAGAAGUUUAUGGAGUUGUGAAAGCUUAUACAGCUAGAGUUGGUAUUGGCGCCUUUCCUACAGAGCAAGACAAUGAAAUUGGAAAAUUAUUACACUCAAGGGGUAGAGAGUUUGGUGUGACUACUGGAAGGAAAAGAAGAUGUGGCUGGUUGGACCUCAUUUUGCUCAAAUAUGCUCAUAUGAUCAAUGGAUUUACUGCAUUGGCACUUACCAAGUUGGAUAUUUUGGACAUGUUUAUGGAAAUCAAAGUUGGAGUUGCUUACAAGUUAGAUGGUGAAAUCAUACCUCAUAUCCCAGCAAACCAAGAAGUCUUAAAUAAAGUUCAGUAUAAGACUCUCCCAGGGUGGAACACAGACAUAUCAAAUGCAAGGAUGUUUAAAGAAUACCUGUUAAUGCACAAAACUGUGUUCAACUUAUUGAAGAUGAGCUUCAAAUUCCAGUUAAAUUGA